AUGGCCAAAUCCAAGAACCAUACCACACACAACCAGUUCCUGAAAUGGCACAGAAAUGGCAUCAAGAAAUCCCAGUCACAAAGAUACAAAUCUCUCAACGGGGUUGAUCCCAAGUUCCUGAGGAUCAUGUGCUUUGCCAAGAAGAAAGGCCUGAAGAAGAUGCAGGCAAAUAAUGCAAAGGCCAUGAGUGCACGAGCAGAGGUCAUCAAGGCCCUGGUGAAGCCCCUGGUGGUGAAGCCCAAGGUGCCAAAGGGCCCCAGCCACAAACUCAGCCGUCUUGCGUUCAUUGCUCACCCCAAGCUUGGGAAGCGGAUUAGAAGCUACAUGGCCAGGGGUCAUAGGCUCCAAAAAACAAAACCCAAGGUUCAAGCCAAGGCAGAGGCCUCAGCUGCAGCGCAGGCUCCCAAAGGUGCCCAGGCCCCUGUGAAGGCCCCAUAAAAAAGGUCUCAGUCUGCCAAUGUGAAGACAGAUGGACUGGUGUGAAUAUCU